AAAGCAUCAUUGUGCUGAUGUUGUUAUAGAUCACGUCUCGUUCUUCUGAAGACGACAGAAUAAUAAUACAAAAAAAAAAAUCUUUCAAAACUCUGCCUUUGGAAACAUGUUCAAGAACGACUAUCAGGGUGGAUCCAUUGUUGACAUCUUCAGUGCUCAAGGAAAAGAUCCUGUGGCCAAAUGGAAACUAUAUGGCAGGAAACCUUCAAUAACUAAAGUGUUUGAUAAAGAACUAAAGGGUUUUGUAUACAGUCUUGAAGGCAGCGGUCAAACCCACAAGAUGCAGUUACCUAAGGAUGGCAAAAUAGCUCUUGGUCUGAUUCAGAAGUUCCUGAUUCUGCAAGUCAAUGUUCCUUUGGGAAAAGACUUCUCCUCUGAGUUUCUAGUGACAGAUGAAGAGCAUCUAAAGAGGAGACUCUACUUGUCUACUGUUCAUAAAGAGCUCUCAGCAACCCCUCUGCAUGCAAGAAUACCUCUAACCUGCCUCAAACGCAAUACUUGGUGUAAUCUGUGUAUUGAUCUGGACUCCCUCACUGCUGAGAUAUUCAAAGGGGCACGCUUCCUGUCUUUGGAUGGGAUCAUCAUCUCCGCCUGCUGUAAGGUUCGACGGAUCUUCACGAUGAAGAAUGAACCUGCAGACUGCACGGAUGGAGAUUUAGAGCUAAUAACUGGUCCAAAAGAAGAGAUUCCAAAGAACUGCCAAUUUCCUGGUGAAGUUCAGUAUAUUAUCCAGCUGGUGAACACAAAAACACUGGGACAGACUGAUCUAAAGGGUGGAACUGCAAACUCAGAAACAGUUUGCUGA